AUGUCUCGCUCUCCAAGUCCUAAGAAUCCUGCCUUUGACAAUCAACAGGACUUUGGCGAUGCACAUCUCUUGGAAGGUGCUGAUGAAGCAUUCAUGCCGGAACAGGGUAUACAGUUGGGGCCUCUAUUCCGGACAUUCCACCCGCAUCUCACAGGACGCAAGUGCAAUGUCCAUGGCAACUUCAUCGACCAGAAUGCCCUCCCACCACCUCAAACUGAAGCAUUACCCACCAACUGGACCCCAUAUGAAAAUCAGGUCGCAUUUGAGACAGCGGAAUUCCUCUAUACACAUAACCAAAUGUCUGCGGGGCAGAUUGACACCCUUCUUGACCUCUGGGCAGCCACACUUAUCAAACAUGAUGACAGUCCUCUGUUCACUGGCCACUGUGACUUAUAUGAGACUAUCGAUUCAACUCCUCUUGGUGAUGUUUCCUGGCAGACUUUCUCAAUGUCCUAUAGCAGAACCAGACCAGCUGAGAAUGUUCCGCCAUGGAUGACUGCUGAGUAUGAUGUGUGGUUCCACGAUCCACGUCUACUGGUUCACAAUAUGCUUUCAAACCCUGACUUUGCUGCCGAGAUUGAAUAUGUCCCAUAUCAGGACUAUACAGAUGAUAAUAAACAUUGUUACAAGAAUUUUCUCUCUGGUGAUUGGGCUUGGAAGCAAGUGGAUAUUAUCACAUGGGAUCCAGAAACUCAUGGAUCGACGUUUGUGCCCCUGAUCAUUGGCAGUGACAAGACUAUGGUCUCAGUUGCCACAGGACACACUGAAUACCAUCCGCUCUAUCUAUCAAUUGGGAACAUUUUCAAUGGAGUUCGGUGUGCACAUUGCAAUGGUGUGGUAUUGGUGGGCACAAAGGAACAUUUAGAUGAUAAAGACUUUCGCAAUUUCCACCGUCAGAUGUUUCACUCCUCACUUGCCAAGAUUUUUGAGCCUGUGAAGUUGAAUAUGACAGUUCCUGAUGUUGCACACUGUCCCAAUAGCCAUUAUCGGCGUGUUAUCUAUGGGUUAGGCCCAUACAUCACUGAUUAUCCUGAGCAGGUGGCUCUUUCUGGAGUAGUCCAAAACUGGUGUCCAAAUGAACCUUUACUCCGGUGCAGACAUCACACCAACCUCGUGGGAAUCAUCCAAGAGGUUGUGCCUUUCACGAAUGAUUUCCCUCGAGCAGAUAUCCACGAACUUCUCUCUCCAGACAUCCUGCAUCAAAUCAUCAAAGGCACAUUCAAAGAUCACCUUGUUGACUGGGUAGAACAAUACUUGUUGCUCACGCACCGGGCUUCAGAUGCAGCAGAAAUCAUGGAUGACAUUGAUCGAAGGAUAGUGGCUGUAGCUCCUUUUGCAGGUCUGCGGUGCUUUCCAGAAGGGCGCGGAUUCAAGCAGUGGACUGGUGAUGAUUCCAAGGCUCUGAUGAAGGUAUAUCUGCCUGCCAUCAGUGGUCAUGUCCCUCAGGAUGUAGUUCGCGCAUUCAGCACAUUCCUUGACUUCUGCUACAUAGUCCAACGAGACACCCUUAUGGAGGAUGAUCUCACCCAGCUUCAAGAUGCACUCAGUCGCUUUCACCAGUACCGCGAAAUAUUCAAGACCACGGGAGUUGUACUCAACUUCUCAUAUCCAUGCCAACACUCCCUCAGUCACUACUCCCUCAUGAUCCAGCUCUUUGGUGCCCCAAAUGGCCUUUGUUCAUCAAUCACAGAGUCCAAACAUAUCAAAGCAGUUAAAGAGCCCUGGCACUGCUCCAGCAGAUACAAAGCAUUAAGCCAGAUGCUUCUCACCAACCAAUGCCUCGACAAAAUAGCUGCAGCCCGGAGUGAUUUUGAAGCUCGUGGCAUGCUUCGAGGGUCGUGCCUGUCCAAUGCAUUGCGGGCACUUAGAGAGAGUGAGUGUUGUUCACCUGAUGUCCCUGCGCUUAUGCUUGAUCUCGACCUUCCAACCCUCCCUACAUUAAUCCAACAAUUUCUUCAUGACCAGCUUCAUAUCAAUGACAAUGAGCCACCUGAAUUUGACCCUGCAAUGGCACCUACUUACAUGGGCAGGGUUUCUGUCUUUAGUUCAGUGGCAGCAUCAUUCUAUGCCCCCAGUGACCUCAGUGGCACUGGAGGCAUGCAACACGAGCAUAUUUGGGCAAUGCCAUCAUGUAUGAAUGACGAAGUCAGUUGUGGCUUGGAUGGGCUUGCUAUUGCAAGAGUAUUGCGUUUUCUCGGCUUCAAGUAUUGGACGAAAUACUUGCAAUGCGCAGUCAUUCGCUGGUUCUCAUAUGUCACAGACAGCCGAGAUCCUGACACUGGGAUGUACCUUGUUGCACCAUCGACCAAUGACGAUGGGAUGCCAGAUGUCUCAAUUAUUCAUAUUGAUUGUAUAUUCCAUGCAGCUCAUCUUAUUCCCCUCUAUGGUUCCAAUGUCUUACCUCACGCAAUCACUCUUCACGACAGCUACAACGUAUUUCGUGCCUUCUAUGUCAACAAGUAUGCAGAUCAUCAUGCAUUCGAGGUAGCGUGA